GGAACAUCGACGAAGCUGAGAUAGAUUCAUGAAUCUUCUUGUUCACUUUAAAAGAGCUGUGAGUUCAGUGCGGCACCAUUGUCUUGAUGACGAUGAAGUGAUGAAAGUGAUUGGUUGCAGAUAAAGUAUCAGCCGAACCACAGAGAGCAGUUUGCAGCGAGGCAUAAAGGAUGGCUCUUGUGAUGUCGACGUAGUCAGUAGGGCAUUUAUAUUGGACUGGCUGGACUUGGCAGAAGGAUUUCUAGAGGAUACAGUGUGUGCCAUCAGGAUAGCAUUAUGCGUCUCUAAGUGCACUUUUGACUUCAUGGACAGAAUGAUGAGAAGCAGAUAUAAAAUCUUCAUGUAUUAACUGAAAAAAGCUUGGUUUUCUUGAAUUCUCUUAUCUCCAAGUGGGGUGGGCAUUGAGAGCAAGCAUGGCCUUGCCGCUGAUGUGGUGUGUUUGCCGUGCUGUUAAACGGCGGUACAGUGGAGUACGGCUUGCAAUUCUUGGAUGUAUCCUGGGAUUAGGUUUUAUCAUCACAAUCUACUCCCAGAUAUUCCAGCCGGAUCAACAACAACAACUUCUCCACUAUCAAACAAAUGGAAGAACUCGACAUCUUUUGUUUGUAAAUGAAACGGAAAAUGUUACUGGGCCUCCUCCCUCUCCUAAGAUGCCAACAUCGUCUCCAGGACUUUACCCAAAUGAUAUAUUUACAGAGGCCCAGCUAAAAUCAGGUGCAGUCAUACUUCACUGCUUAGGACUGAUCUACAUGUUUAUUGCUUUGGCAAUUGUAUGUGAUGAAUUCUUUGUACCGACAUUAGGGGUAAUUAUUGAUAGAUUAAACAUAUCGGAUGAUGUAGCAGGAGCAACAUUUAUGGCUGCCGGUGGGAGUGCUCCAGAACUUUUCACAAGUCUGAUCGGUGUACACUUUGCAAGAAACGAUGUCGGUAUCAGCACUAUCGUUGGAUCUGCAGUCUUUAACAUUUUAUUUGUAAUUGGAAUGUGUGCAAUUUUUAGCAAAACAGUUCUUUCGCUGACUUGGUGGCCUUUGUUUCGAGAUGUAGUCUUCUAUAGUUGCAGUUUGAUCAUUCUACUUUUAUGCUUCAUGGACUCCAAAAUACAGUGGUAUGAGUCCCUGAUGUUGCUCGCCAUGUAUUUUUUUUACGUUUUAUUUAUGAAAUUUAAUGUGAGGAUUGAACAAUUUGUGAAAUCGAGAUUGAGCAGAACAAUCAAGACCAUCAGUGUUGCUGAACCGGCUAAAGAGAUUGUCGUACCCAGAAACCGACGUCACAGUGUACCACACUUUCGCAACACCAAUAUGUUCCGACACGGUGCGCUUCAACUAAUGCUUCACACCAUUGAUCCACUAAGUGAAACUGUUCAUGUCCAUGAGAAAGCUGUUCAGAUGAGAGCCAUCGCCAAAUCAUGCAAUAAUGCUUCAGAAGAAAUCACUCAGACCAACGGUCACACCCAAAUGACCCCUAGCAACAAUCACCAAGAGACUAAUAUGCAAGAUAUGACCACACCCCAAACAAUAAACAAUGGAAGCAGUCUUGAACUACCAGGAGUAGACAGAGGUGUGGUCGUACAUGGCCUACCAUCUCGUAAUGAUCAUUCAUCAUCGAGGGAAUGCAUCUUAGGAGCUGAACAUCUUCCUGAUGAAUUAGAGCAGAAUGGAGGACGUAUUAGUACGAUCUCACAUCCUAAUAUACCAGAAGAUGACGAUUCACCAGCUACACCUACUGGUAGAAGGACUGUAUCUGUGGAUAUGGUGACUCAAUCUACACUAGUUGAUGAUACGAGUCAGUCACCAACAUCACAGGAGAUUCCUCAAAUUGAAGGGGAAGAAGAGGAACCAUUGGAUAUAAGCUGGCCACCAACAUGUCGGAAACGUAUUACGUAUAUUCUACUAGCGCCUCUGAUCUUCCCAAUGUGGCUAACACUACCUGAUGUUAGGAGAGAGACAAGUCGCAAGUGGUACCCAAUUUCAUUCAUCGUGAGCAUUAUGUGGAUUGCUUUGUUUUCAUACCUCAUGGUAUGGUGGGCAACUGUCAUUGGUGAAACGGUUGGAAUCCAAAACCAGGUGAUGGGUUUGACAUUUCUAGCUGCAGGUACAAGUAUUCCGGAUCUUAUUACGAGUGUCAUUGUUGCUAGGAAAGGAUUGGGAGAUAUGGCUGUAUCCAGCUCCGUUGGCAGCAAUAUAUUUGACAUCACUGUCGGGUUGCCGUUUCCCUGGCUUCUAUUUAACGCCAUUCAACUCGGCGAAGCUGUUGUAGUCAACAGUACUGGCUUGUUUUGUUCAGUCUUUCUACUCUUUGCAUUGUUACUACUAGUCAUCUUCAUCAUAGCAGUCAGCAAAUGGAAAAUGACCAAGACCUUUGGUGCAGCCAUGUUUGUUCUUUAUGCUUUCUUCAUCACAAUCAGUUUACUUCUGGAGCUUGAUUACAUCCCAUGCCUUCUCCAAUCAAGUUAAAACAUAACCCCCAAAUAAACUGCAAGUUAAAACAUAACGACCAAAUAAACUGCUCCAAAGCCUGGCUCAGAGAUUCACAAAUGUUUGAUUGGCAUCAAUCAAUAAUUUCAGUGUUAUAAACUGGUAGCCCGCAUAAGUUUUAGGGUUAAAAAUUUAGAUUUUAAAGUUCCUCUAAAAGUGAGAUUUUUUAUGUGGCUCCUAUUCUGUUUAAAUAAUAGUAUAGGACUAUGGGUCAGAAUUUAUGUGCAUUUUUUUGAGACUUUCAUUGCAAAACAAUAUCAUUUGUAAACUACUUUAGAUGUAAUUUAACAGGAUGCUCUUGUUGAGUGCAAGGCGAUUUAAAAUCAAAGAUUUUAUUUUAACAUGGUCUAGGGUCACAGCAAGAAUGGAGUAAUUAGAAAUCAGGAACUAGGAUUUAAUCUGUUACAGUCUGUAAGAGUUGGUUGAACCAAUUCCAACAGUUUUUACAGGAAAGCUUAAACCUCAAAUUGUAAAAUAUGGCCAGAAAGAAACGCUGUGAAUAAGAAGGAAAGUGGGGCUAGGGAUUGUCUGAUGCUAAUAACUAGGAUAAGAUUGAACUGUCCUAAUUCUAUUCAGUACACAGGAGGCCUUCUUAAACACAUUGUCUCUGUCUACAAUUUACUUUAGUCUGGACCAUUUGGCUUUCCCCAGCCGCUCACGGCCAAAAACAUGCACAGACCUUGGAAACAUUUACAGGAGUAACUUCAUUAUACACACACUCUAGGAAACUGCCUACACAUGGGUUGUUAAUUUGCCUCCAUAUGAGAUAACAGAGGAACCAUAGCUAGGCUGGACUCCUUUACAACCCAGAAAGGGGGGGUGUGGUUAUACCUCUGUUAUAAAAAGGAGGGACAGAGGGAACCAAUUUAGUUCAUGCACAUCAAAUAUAAUGUAGAAAUGUUCCCAUAAAUAUUUACAUGAAGAAAUACUGAACAAUUCUUAAAGAUAUAGACCGACUUGAGCAGCUGCUUGAGUGAACAAAUGUUAUUCAGAUGCUACUUAAACUUGUAUUAUAAUGUGUUUGUUUAUCUAUUAAAUUUUUUAAUUUUUAUUUUCACACUUCUGAUUGUUGCGUUUUUACCGAUAAACAAUUAAUAAGACCCAACCUCAAGGUUUAUAAAUACUAGCUAAUUCUCAGCCGUUGACAGAAUGUGUGAAAAUGGCAAUAUCUUUGACUUCAUUUGUUGGAGGUUGCUUUGUUAUACAUCCAUGUUGCAACCGAAACAUUCAAAUUAGUUUUAGCAAAAAUCACUUUAUUGCUUUUUUUCCAAGCUGGUAUUUAAAAACAGCAUCUUAACAACAAUUGGGCCAAAAGAAAAGCAUUCCAUUUAGGAAUAGACCAUCUUUACAACAAUUUGGCUGUAAGAAAAGCAUGCCAUUUAGGAAUAAACCAUCUUAACACCAAUUGGGCCAUCCAUAAGAACAUUUGUUCUCAAACAUGGUGGUUAAAUUUUAUGUUAUUUAAUGAUUUUUGCAAUUUAAAUAAACUAUUUUCCCCCCAAAUUAUACAUACAACCUGCACAAUAUAUAUUCACAAAUUUCUGUGUAUGUUUCAUUUUGAACAGAAAUGUAGAAUUUAAAAAUUGCAAUUUUUAUUCUGAGCUUAGAACACAAUUUAUAUCAGUUUCAUAGUAUAGACCGAAACACGAACAAUUUAAUAAGAAAACAGAAUAUCAAUCUGUACUCUUAAUAUUCUAUUUUUGUAUCAAGUGUGUAUAUGUAGAUACUAUGAUUAAAUAAAUCAAUAAAUAUAAUAUGUAAUAUAAUACUAGGAAAUAAUGAAUGUGCUACCAAAGUCCGGUGUUUUGACACUAAAUUAUAAAUAAAUACUAGAGAAACGUUCAUAUGGCUUCUAUGUGUACAGUCUCAUAUGAUUGGUGUGUUAGAUUACAUAGCAAUACAUUUCUUUCUAGGUAGAAUCUAGUUUCUAAAUACUGAAUGUGUGCUAUUGAUAAAGGAAUGGAUGAACAGAUAUACGAUGACGUGUAUCAAUCUGAUUAUUGGUCAAUAACUCAGAUUGAUGGCUGCUGAUUGGUUGAUGAUGACCUUUGACACUCAUGUUGUCUUGUCUGUUUAAAUUGAGUCCGAGUCUUAAUUCAUUGUAGAGUGGAGAGGGUUCCAUUGAAUUGUACAUACUAUAACCACUAUCCAGUAGUCUUUCAAAUCUAGAUGUUAACUGGUCGACUGAGAAAGGGAAGUCAAAAACCCAACCAUUGCUGUUAUCUUUAAGCAUACUAACAAUUUAUACAAUGUAUCUACUCCUUUUGAACAAAGACCUGUCAAGAUAAUGGGAGGUUUGUAUAAAAGGGUUGUGUUUAAUGUAAUUACAUCAUUGAGCAGAAAUGGUUCGUCACAAAUUCUUUAUUCUGUGCAAUAAUGUGUAUAUAAAUGUACAUGUAAACUGUAUUAAUGAAUAAAAUGUUUAAUCUUCUAUUGGUUUUUUUCAAAUAAUAUUGCAUGGGUUUCAUAGGAGUGAUAGAGAUUUUUUUUUUUUUAAACAACAUUCCACUAAUUCUAUAGUUUUAUCAUCUGCAGUUUGGUGAUAGGCUUUGGCACACACCAUCAGUAACUGAGCAUGUAUCUUGGUUUCAGAUUAUUGGUACUAGUGUAUUCCCAUACUAAGCAUUCUUAGUUUGAUAAUUGAAGACAUGCCUCUAAAAUAAAACAAAAUGGUUGGUUUGGAAUUGUUAUGGUUUAAUCUUCCUAUUUUUAAAGGCAGUGGACACUAUUGGUAAUUGUCAAAGACUAGCCUUCACAGUUGGUGUAUCUCAACA